CGCUAAUUUGUCACUGAUCAGAAACACCUGCCUUGAGUUGGUCCUGUUUGGAAGCGGGUGAAAUAGCCGCGCGUGGGUUUUUAUUUACCCUGUGGACACUAUGCCUUACAUCUCGCCUUUUUACACGGAGUUCUUCCAUGAACCGCUGACUGAAGACGUGGAGGAGCUGUUGUCCCGCUUCCAGCAGACGGACUCGGUCAGGUACGGGGUCUUCUCGGCCAUCUGGAGGGACAUGAAGUUUUCCGACGUCUUCCUGGGCAUCAAAGUAACUUGCAGCUUUGAAAUGAAGAGGCUGUGCACGAUAGCCCUGGCCACAGCCGUGAAGUACUUCCUACCUCCGUACAGCUACCAGAUCAGGGUGGGAGGCUUGUAUCUGAUGUUCGCCUUCUACCACGUCCAGCUGGGCCCCACACCCGCAAAGAUCAGGCUGGCCCUGAAGGACUGGAGCCAUGUGCAGAUGUUCCUCACAGAGUCUGAAGAGGCAGAGCACCACGACGUGGUUUACGUCUUCCACCAGCUCGUUGCAAGCGGCGCCAUCCACUACACGGCCAUGCCUCAUUGUCUGGCUUUCCACAGGCAGCGGAGCCCAAAGGCAGAAGGUCUGAGCGCUGGGUUCCUGAGCAGGGCUGUGGCACUGCAGGAGCUUCAAUCUGCAGGGAUCCUGGAAGAAAUGGCCGGCAUCCAGAGCCUCUAUGAUGACCUGAAGGAGGCCACCGUGGAGGUCAGGCACAAGGUCAACAUGACUAAACCAGACCUCAAUUCCCACCUAAGCAGAUGCGUGUCUGAGUUCUCUGCGUGGCAACAGACUGCUUCACCCAAAGAGGAAAACGCUGAAGGCGAUGAAAGACUAUCGAGGACGACUGAAGAUGAUUGCAGCAGCAGAGCCAGGCUCCUUUCCUCCAUCAAGCAGAAGAGCUACAGCACUGUCCAGAGGGUGUCCAGGACCAGGAGGCGCAUAAAGGUAGAGCCGGUGGACUACUGCAGCUCAGGUGGGGAGCAGUUCCACAGCUCUUCAGGGAGGAAGAGGCACGUCUCUCUGCGGGCCCGGACCUGGAAGAACCUGGGGAAGAAGGAUGAGAAGGAGAGCAACGCUAAGUCCUGGCUCCUGAGCGCCCCAGCAGAGCAGGAUGGGUAUAUUCUGAAGAGGUUAAGCCAGACGGCACCAUUCAGAGAAGUGAAGAAGGAGGCAGCGGGGUAACCCUGAGUUCUGUAUUUGUAAAAUAACUUUUUUUCAGUGGAAUAGUUUAAGUUCAUACUUUUGACCGUUUUAUUAAAAAAUUAGUAACAAAUGUUCAAGUCUUUUUGUUUUGACGGAGGAUAAGGCACAGCUUGAAGUAUGACUGGGCCUUUAUCGUAUUGUUUUUAUUGUUAUGGUAAAAAUGUUCUCCUAUAAGAAUUUGGAUUUAUCUUGACAAUGAUAAAUUCCACCUGGUAACCCCCAGAACUGUCAGGAUUAUUUUUGCUCUAUUCUCCACUGUUGGUUUAUUAAGCAUAAUUCAAAAAAUCUAAAUAAGUGCAGUUACUGUG